AUGCCGGAUUCAAGUCCUGACAUUUUGGAUUGCGUUCUCACCUUUUUUUGUACUCAUUGCGAACCAAACUACGAGUUGCCCUGCGUCAUGACACCGCAGCCACAAUCAACGUCUUCGGCCUUUGUCAUUUCUUUUGGACGUCGCAUUCUGACAAACACGCGCUCCGUCGACCAUUACACUUCAGUCGUAGUAACAAAACGAUACUGUGACACAAAGGCCCCGGCAAGGGUUGUCGCCAUCGGCAAUGAGUGCGAUAUAGCUCAAUUGUACGUUGAAAGCGAGGACUUCUGGGACGAUUUAGAAGAUCAAGUCGGCAUGGAUAAUACAAAACAUGCCUUCCUUCAACCCGGCUCUUUGCCGCAGCUCCAAGAUUCAGUUCUCGUUAUAGGCUCCGGGAAUCAAAUCAGCCGUUUCGAAAAGCAAAACUAUGUGCAUGGCCAAGGAGACCUGCUUGCAGUACAUAUUGACACGGCGGUAAGUCUAUCCGUUUCCAUAGUACUUGAUUUUUCAAUGAGAAUUGCUUUUCAAAGCGUGGACCCCUUUCAAGCUGAUUCCGUGGGCUACCUCAUUCCAUACUGCGUACUGCAGCAUUUUCUCGACCACAUAGCCUGUCAUGGUCAAUAUGCGGGGUUCUCAUUUUGCAUAUUUCGCUGGCAAAGAAUGGAAAACCAUCAUUUGAGGAGAUCUCUUGGAAUGGCCAAGGAUCAGUCUGGGAUUUUAGUCAAGUGGGUUGCAGAGAUUUGCGAAGCGAAUCGGAUGUUACGAAAGGGAGAUAUUAUGAUUCGUGCGGAUGGAAUCUUCGUCUCGAACGCUGGGACAGUACUAUUUUGCUCUGGGGAACGCAUCAGUUUGACUUUUGUGAUCACCAGCAAAUGCGAGCACUCGCACAUCCGCAGCCUGAGGCUGAACGAGAACCUUAAUGCGGUCCCCGAGCGGGCAGGGGCUGGUGGGGCAGGUGGAGGCACGCAAGGCCGCAGCGUGGUCGUUGUCAUCAUCGAGCAGGGCAGGAUCGCGGGCUGCGCCGUCCCCAUCGCGGGCCAGCCCGGCACGGGGAAGACCGCCAUCGCCAUGGGUAUGGCCCAGGCUCGCCCCAGAGACGCUCUUCACCAAGAUCGCCGUCAGCGAGAUCUUCUCGCUCAAGAUGUCCAGGACCGAGGCCCUCACGCAGGCCCUGGGGAAGAGCAUCGGUGUUAG